GGAUAUGUAGUCUCCAUGCGCAGCCGCUGCGCCAACCACACCUCCCAUUGUCGCUUCGUUGCCGGCCUCUCCAAGCCGCUCGUCAACAAUAACCGUACGCUAGGGGCAGCGGCUACGCUUCCCUGUAUUCAGCAAGGGCCUAUGCGCACUUUCCCCACGGCCCUCCUAGCCGGGGCUGGCUAAAAGGGGCGUAGCCGCCGCCAUGGCCGGUUGUUGUCAGUCGCUGGCAGCGGGUUAUGGCGACGGCGGUGAAUGAAUUCUCCGGGCGGCAGAGGGAAGAAGAAGGGCUCAGCCGGCUCCAGCUCCCCGCCCCAGGCCCCCGGAGCCUCCCCCUCCUCCCCGACCGGGCCGGCUCCCCCCCUGCAGCAGCAGCAGGCGGCGGUGGGGGCGGCCGCGGCGUCUCCCCAUAAGCGGAACCUCUAUUACUUCUCCUACCCGCUCUUCGCCGCCUUCGCGCUGCUCCGCUUCGUCGCCUUCCAGCUCGGGCUGCUCUUCGCCUGGCUCUGCGAGCGCCUCUCCCGGGGCGCCCUCAUGGCCGCCAAGGGCAGAGCCGGGGCCGGCGACGCGCCCGAGCCCGGCGGGGCGCCCGAGACGGUGCGAGCCUGCCACAAGCGAGCCUUCGAGUGCAUCUCCGUGGCGCUGCGCAUCGAUGAGGAGGAGAGAGCAGGACAAAAGGAACAAGCUGUUGAAUGGUAUAAGAAAGGAAUUGAAGAACUGGAGAAAGGAAUAGCUGUCUUAGUUAUUGGUCAAGGUGAUCAGUGUGAACGAGCUCGACGUCUGCAGUCUAAAAUGAUGACAAAUUUGGCUAUGGCAAAGGAUCGUUUGCAGCUUCUAGAGAAGCUGCAGGCAGUUUUGCAAAUUCCCAAGCCGCAAAUGGAGGUCUAUAAAGACAGUACUAACCUGGCAUGCCGCAAUGGACAUCUCCAGUCAGAAUGUGGAGCUGUUCCAAAAAAGAAGGAUCCAUUAACGCACACGAGUAACUCCCUUCCUCGUUCAAAGACUGUUGCAGUUGCAAAACCUGGAUCCACAGGCCUUUCUGGUCAUCAUAGAACCCCUAGCUAUAGUGGGGUAUCAACUUUCUCUGUAUCUAGACAGGGAGCCAAUCCUGCAACUUCAACACACAAGACUACUUCAAAAAAUAGCCGAACAAACAAGCCUUCUACUCCUACAACUGCUGCUCGAAAAAAGAAAGACUUGAAGAUAUUUAGAAAUGUUGAUAGUAAUCUUGCUAAUCUAAUUCUGAAUGAAAUUGUUGACAAUGGACCAGCUGUCAAAUUUGAUGAUAUCGCUGGGCAAGAGCUGGCUAAACAAGCACUGCAAGAAAUUGUUAUCCUUCCCUCCCUUAGACCUGAGUUAUUUACAGGACUUAGAGCUCCUCCACGUGGAUUAUUGCUGUUUGGCCCACCAGGAAAUGGGAAGACUAUGUUGGCCAAAGCAGUUGCUGCAGAAUCAAAUGCAACCUUCUUUAACAUAAGUGCUGCAAGCCUAACUUCAAAAUACGUAGGUGAGGGAGAGAAACUGGUGCGUGCUCUUUUUGCAGUAGCCAGAGAACUUCAGCCGUCUAUAAUUUUUAUAGAUGAAGUUGAUAGCCUUUUAUGCGAAAGAAGAGAAGGUGAACAUGAUGCUAGUAGGCGUCUAAAAACAGAAUUUUUAAUAGAAUUUGAUGGCGUACAGUCUUCUGGAGAGGACAGAAUACUUGUAAUGGGGGCAACUAACAGGCCACAGGAGCUGGAUGAUGCUGUUCUCAGACGAUUCACCAAACGGGUGUAUGUAUCUUUACCAAAUGAAGAGACAAGAUUGAUUUUACUAAAAAAUCUUUUAAGCAAGCAAGGAAGUCCAUUGACCCAAAAAGAGCUGGCACAACUAGCCAGAAUGACAGAUGGAUACUCAGGAAGUGACUUAACUGCAUUAGCAAAGGAUGCAGCACUGGGCCCUAUUCGAGAACUAAAACCAGAACAGGUAAAGAAUAUGUCUGCCAGUGAGAUGAGGAAUAUCAGAUUGUCCGAUUUCACCGAAUCUUUGAAGAAGAUAAAGCGCAGUUUGAGCCCUCAAACCCUGGAUGCAUAUAUUCGCUGGAACAAGGACUUUGGUGAUACUACAGUUUGAAGAACUGCUGUAUAAAAGUGAGGAGAAAGUGCUGUCUGCAAUGGCAAUUGAUACAGACUGUGGGAAUGCAGCCAGAGUUUACAGGACUUCACAGAUCUUUAAAUAUCUGCACUGGCAACUUGAGAUUUGAUUGAAAAAGAAAAAUUAUACAAUGUGAAAAGUGUUGAUUAAGGCCUCCGUGCCUUUUUAGUCAGGAUUUACUCACAGGGCAUGUAAGUUAAAGCACAAUAAGACGUGGGGUAAGACUUCUAGCAAUCUAAUCAUUAAUUUGUGUAUUUUGUUGGCGAUAUAAGGUCCAAUUGUAUUGACUGUUGAAAGAUUUAUACUCCUUAGUUUUUUUUUUUUUAAAUUUUUCACGACAUGUACUUUUCCUGCUCUCUACCUGGUAACUACUAACUUAUAACUGGAACUUUGUUAAUUUUUGUUUCAAUUUUUAAUAUUUUUAUCCAUACUGUGCCAAAUAAGCCAUUUCCCUCUGCAACUGGAAGAACAGCAUUGGGAAUUAGCAUUAUUUAAAAAAAAAAAAAAUAGUAUCCAAAUAGAAAGCAGCUGGUCUGCUACUACCUUGUCUUUUGUCUGGUUAUAGUGUGGCCAUACAGUUCACAGAACAGUUUAAAAAAAAAAAAAAAAAGACCUUUGGUAGCAGAACAGCAAAAAUCCUAUCGAACCAGUUGAAAUUAAUAAAAAAUUAUUACAUUAUAAAAUUGCUAUACUAAGCCAUUUUUGCCGGUGGUAUUUUUCUUUAAUUCAUUUGUAAAGCUUCCACUGUAGAAUGUUGGUUUAUUCUUAUGGUGUGUUAACUUCUACUUGAAGCCCAACUGAUUUUGGAGAGAAUAAAUGAUGCUGUCAAAUUGUGAAGUUUUAGAACUAGUGUUUCUACUCUGUAUUAGUUUGUCUGUGUACAAUAACUAAGUUUGUUUCCAUUCUGGUCCUUGCUUUUUUUAAUUUACAGAGGAGAGCAUUAAAAUAAGUGGCUAGAUAUUUAAUACAUAGCACACACUAACAUUUUUAUACCUUUCAUGUGCUUUGGUUUGUAUACUAAGAUCUAAAAUAAACUCCACUGAUCUGCUUUUUUAAAAAGUAAAAUAACUACAUUCUUUAAAAAAAAAACUGAAUUUUUAUUAAAUAAA